AUGGAUAAAUAAGGAUAUACAACAGGAACAUUAUCAAUAGCAAACGGUACUUAAGCAUUAUGUUUAAAUCCUUCGACAUUAAAAGGAAGAAUAAAAAAUAUAGAAGAAAAAGCAAAUGUAUUAUCUGAUGAAUUAAGCAAACACAAAAAAGAAUUUUAAGUGUUGAAAAAUGAAAAAGAGACAGUCGAAUAAGUAUUAAGAGCAAAAAACUAAGGUAUAUAAAAUAUUCUUUAAAAUGAAAUAAUAAGAUUAGAAGAAGAAAUGAAAAGACAUUAUGCACAUUAAAGAGCAGAAGGUAAUAGAAUAUAAUUAUCAUUAGACGCUUUAAAGUCUGAAAAAACAGCUUUGUAACAAGCUUUAAAUAAUAUUGAAUAAAGAAUUAAUUAAUUAGAAUAUGGUGUUGGAGAUAAUGAAGUCUAAAAUUGA